GCUUCACCAGCACACGGUAUAGGGUUGUUCUCGUUCCUUUUCUAUUUCAAGGAGCUUUAUACGAUCAGCCUUUUCCCAUCGCUUCCGAUAAUGCUAGCAUCGCUGCUACGAUCUCUACCGCCGCUUGGUAGGGCAUGGAAACCCCUCAACUUCUCCAAUCCGAGCUUCGUCCGGAUACCUCUAAGUCAGAAAAUUGAGGAAGAAACGAUGCCAGAUUAUAUUGCUUCCCGGUAUUAUCCAGCUCGAAUAGGAGAAAUAUUCAAAGAUCGCUAUCAGAUUGUAGGAAAACUGGGAUUUGGAGCCAGCUCCACGGUGUGGCUUGCGAGGGACAUGAACUACCGUCGUUACGUUACCCUCAAGAUCUUUAUCAAGUCUGUAUCCAUGGGACAGCAAUUGGAUGACGAGCUCCAGAUGUACAAACGCAUGGAGAGAGGCCCAAAGAACCAUCCAGGUCGCAGUGCUGUUAGGUCAUUACUGGACUCCUUUGAUGUCAACGGGCCCGAGGACAAACAUCGGUGCCUCGUGCAUCCUCCAUUAUGGGACAGUGUGUUGACCUUCCUGCACCGCAACCCGGAGCAGAGACUACCUGCUCCGGUCCUGGCAUUUGUGCUUAAGCGCCUGUUUCUGGCGCUGGACUACCUGCAUACAGAAUGCCAGAUUAUACAUACCGACAUCAAGGCCGACAAUAUUAUGUUCGGCAUCGCCGAUGAUUCAGUUUUCAGUGAAUUUGAGGAAAAUGAGCUUCAGUCCCCUUGUCCAAGGAAAGAGUUAGACGGAAGAACAAUCUACGUGUCUCGGGAACUGAGGAUGCCUAGAAAUUGGGGUGCCCCGGUCCUAUGUGACUUUGGCUCUGCCAUCCCUGGUGGCGAAGAGCACACAGAAGAUAUUCAGCCUAAUAUUUAUCGAGCCCCAGAGGUGAUUCUGGAGGCUCCGUGGACGUACAGCGUUGAUAUUUGGAAUGUGGGAUGCAUGAUUUGGAACAUUUUUGAGGGCGAGUCCCUAUUUACUGGCUAUGAUCCAGAAUCUCAGACUUAUCGAAGUCGAGCCCACCUCGCUGAGAUCAUAAAGCUGCUUGGACCUCCCCCGCCCAGUCUCCUUGCCCGGGGGAAGCUAAGCCAUAAGUUCUUUUCUGGUGAAGGUAAGCCAAUGCCCCUACCCUUCCAUUAGCCGCUCAAUAUGCCCGACUUUAUAGAUGACUUGCGGGCCAAAGUUCCGUCAGAAGGUCGGAUUCCACUUGAGAGGAGGGAAACAACGCUCCAAGGACAAGACAAGGCGAACUUUUUGCGCCUAAUGGAGAAGAUGUUACAGUGGGAACCAGCCAACCGUAGCUCUGCUAGGGAACUGCAAGAGGAUGAGUGGAUUUGUAAGACUUUAGAGUAGGCAUUGAAAAUUCACUACAUCAAGCUGUAUAUGAUUCGACCCACGCAUGGCUUUUAUACAUUGGAAAGAAAGCUGGAAGCCAUUAACUUUGGCUGUGGAACUUCAAGUGUCGAAGAGGGUAUUAGUGGAAUGGUUUCGAUGACCUUUGAAUUUCUAUGUACCAUUGACCUCUGCCCGAGUUCAAGCGGUCAAUGGGCAAUUCGUCUUCAUAUCCACAUAUAUCAAUCUGUCUUCGAUAUAGCUACGGAGAAAACAAUCUUGAACUCACAUAUCCUUCAGCUGGUGAAGUACGCUGGCUAGGUUCUGGCCAGUAGCGUUUGCCUUCUCCGCAGAAUUUGCUAAAUGCAUGUCAUAAAUCAGCCUCCGUGCGGCGGGACGGAUUGGUAAGUGUGUUAUACCAUCGACAGUCCCAUCUAGGACUAUCUCGUGCAUCUUUCCGCUUAAGAGUAAGGUUGCAGGGCUUGUAUUUGACUCUGCUUGGCGAGGCAUUUGGCUCGGGACGUAGAGGCGGGGAUAGCUCGAUGAUUCUGGCAUCAACAAACUGUAGGCCGGCCAGACGACCACCACGGACUAGUGACUUACCAAAAC